UUUACCCUCCCCCCACCCCCGCCGGCCCCCGACUUCCCACCCACCACGCCCUUCGUCUGCUCUCAUUGGCUGCCCUGGCCAGGAUCCGGCCAUCCCUCAAUGGACCCCAGGGGCAUAUUGAAGGCAUUUCCCAAGCGGAAGAAAAUUCACGCCGAUCCAUCAUCAAGAGCACUUGCAAAGAUUCCCAAGCAAGAAGAUGGAGAAGCAGAAGAAUGGCUGAGCUCCCUGCGGGCCCAUGUUGUGCCCAGUGGCAUUGGGCGAGCCCGGGCAGAGCUCUUUGAGAAGCAGAUUAUCCAGCACGGUGGCCAGAUAUGCUCUGCCCAGGCCCCAGGCGUCACUCACAUUGUGGUGGAUGAAGGCAUGGACUGUGAGCGAGCCCUCCGCCUCCUUCGACUGCCCCGGCUGCCCCAGGGCGCUCAGCUGGUGAAGUCCACCUGGCUAAGCCUGUGCCUGCAGGAGAGGAGGCUGGUGGACACGGCAGGAUUCAGCAUCUAUAUCCCUAACAGGUACCCGGACCAACCACACGUCAGCAAGGCAGACCAAGACUUUUCUGCUCCUCCUGGAGCCCAUGAGGCUCUGCUCAGGACAGCCCUCUCUCCUCCCUCUCCUCCCACGAGGCCUGUGUCUCCUCCCCAGAGGGCAGAAGAGGCCCUGAGCACCCAAGCCCAGCCUGGCUCUGAUGAUGAAACCAGUGAUGGGGAAGAGAACCAGGUUAGCGCAGCUGAUCUGGAAGCCCUUAUCAGUGGCCACUACCCCACACCCCUUGAGGGAGAUGAUGAACCAAGCCCAGCCCCUGAGGGCCUGGAUAAGUGGGUCUGUGCACAGCCUUCGAGCCAGAAGACAACUAACCACAACACCCACAUCACAGAGAAGCUGGAAGUGCUGGCCAAAGCCUACAAUGUUCAGGGAGACAAGUGGAGGGCCCUGGGCUAUGCCAAGGCCAUCAAUGCCCUCAAGAGCUUCCACAAGCCUGUCACCUCCUACCAGGAAGCCUUCAGUAUCCCCGGGAUUGGAAAGCGGAUGGCCGAGAAAAUCGUAGAGAUCCUGGAAAGCGGGCAUCUGCGGAAGCUGGACCAUAUCAGUGAGAGCGUGCCUGUCUUGGAGCUCUUCUCCAACAUCUGGGGAGCUGGAGCUAAGACUGCCCAGAUGUGGUACCAGCAGGGUUUCCGGACCCUAGAAGACAUCCGCAGCCAGGCCUCCCUGACUACCCAGCAGACCAUUGGCCUGAAGCAUUAUGAUGACUUUCUGGAACGCAUACCCAGGGAGGAGGCUGCAGAGAUUGAACAGACAGUCCGGGAAUCAGCUCAGGCCUUCGCCCCUGGGCUGCUGUGUGUGGCAUGUGGUUCUUACCGACGCGGGAAGGCAACUUGUGGUGAUGUGGAUGUGCUGCUCACUCACCCGGAUGGCCGGUCUCACCAGGGCGUCUUCAAUCGCCUCCUUGACAGCCUUCGACAGCAAGGGUUCCUGACGGAUGACCUGGUGAGCCAGGAGGAGAACGGCCAGCAGCAGAAGUACUUGGGUGUGUGCCAGCUCCCAGGGCCGGGGCGGCGGCACCGACGACUGGACAUCAUCGUUGUGCCCUACAGCGAGUUUGCCUGCGCCCUGCUCUACUUCACUGGCUCUGCCCACUUCAACCGCUCCAUGCGGGCUCUGGCCAAGACCAAGAGCAUGAGCUUGUCGGAGCAUGCCCUCAGCACCGCUGUGGUCCGGGACAGCCGAGGCCGCAAGGUGGGGCCUGGCCGAGUGCUGCCCACUCCCACUGAGAAGGAUGUCUUCAGGCUCUUAGGCCUACCCUACCGAGAGCCAGCCGAGCGGGACUGGUGACCCGUGGCUGGGGGGAAGGGGGACUGCCCCACCUGGCCAUCCAGUGCUUGUCUCCAGCCUUAGUGGGCUGAACCUCACUACUUCAACAGCCUGGGCCUGAGGGAAAGGGCCAGCCUGGCUCCCACGUUCUGUCCAGCCCUCUCCUCAACAAGAGCAGACCUGCUGGCCUUCUGCCUCCCCACUGCCUCUGGUGGAGUUCUGGACAUGCCCCCCCCCCCCCCCCCCCCGCCUCAUUUUAAACAAGAACAGCUGCUGGUGUGAAGCCAGUUUCCUGUGCUGAAGGCCCAGACACCCCCACUUCCCUGCCCAAGGAGGGUCUCUCUGCUGGGGGCAGGAUGGGGGCUGCAGGGGAGGGGCAAGCAGCUGUAGCUGAGCAUCACCUAAGACCCUUUGGAGCAAGAGAACAAGCCGUUUCACAUGUCCUCCCUCCCCCUAGCCCGCUUCCUGUGCAGCUGGAGGUGUGGGGACGGGGUGACCAGGCUUGGGGAGGAUAGCAUUUGAAGGCCCAGGGGCCCAGUAAAGUGCACUUGACAUUCA